AUGAUGUAAAAAGACUGAAGCGUCUUGUGCGUAAUGAGGAUGAUGGUGGUGAUCCGCUGAAGGUGAAUCCAGCACAGACACAGAAAGAGAGAGAGAGAGAGCGCGCGACACUUUUUACACAAGUCCCCCCUUCAUCACCGCGCUUCAGCUGACAAGAGGAGCCCCAAACUUCGCCACUGACGCACAAACAGAGGGAGAAACUCACUGUGAGGCGUCAGGAGUUCCCGGAACCCACCAGGCUAUGGACCGGAGGAUGAACCUGAACGGCGGCGCGGCGGGGGACAUUUUUCACAAAACUCUCAGCGCCGUGUCCGGCAAAAAGAUGGACCCGUUCAGAGCGUCUGCUGGCAUGGAGCUGCCACCCAGAGACCGCCAGUCCCCAAUCAGCUGCUUCGACCAGGUCGAUCCGGACCCGAUCCAGCCCGGAGGACUGGCUGGAAGCAGAGGCGGCACUCUGGGUCUGCCGACCGGAUCUUUGUGCGUCAAAUACGGGGAGAGCUCCAACAGGACCUCGGCGGCGGAGAGCAGCGGCGGUGAGCAGAGCCCUGACGACGAUAGCGACGGCCGGUGCGACAUGGUCCUCCUGACCGACGUGCGGACAGCAGCCGGGGGGAAAGUUGAAGGAGGAGGUAAGAAAACCAAAGAGCAGAAAAUGCUGCGACUAAACAUCAACGCCAGGGAGAGACGGCGGAUGCACGACCUGAACGACGCGCUGGAUGAGCUCCGGGCGGUCAUCCCCUACGCGCACAGCCCGUCGGUGCGCAAACUCUCCAAAAUCGCCACCCUGCUCCUCGCCAAGAACUACAUCCUCAUGCAGGCGCAAGCACUGGAGGAGAUGAGGAGGCUGGUGGCAUACCUGAACCAGGGCCAGGCCAUCUCCGCGGCUUCCAUACCGGCUACCACCGCGCUGGCAGCUCCUCCACCAGGUCUGGGCGCGUACGAGCAGCCGCCCGGAUACCCGUUCCCCGGCGGGGUGGCUGCGCCCUCAUGCCCGGACAAAUGCACCCUGUUCAACAACGCCGCCUCCAGCCUCUGCAAACAGUGCACUGACAAGCCUUAAAACUGACCACAAAGACUAACGAGAAGCACACGAGAAGGAGAAAAAAAAAACAUGACAGAUGAUCGAGUGGACACAAAAAGUAACAUUUUUAUAUUAUUUACUAAACGCGUUCAAACUCGCUUCUGUUUUGUUCUGUUCGAACAACACGUGAUUGUGUACAUAAAUCAUCUUUCAAGUGCUGGUGUGAAUGAAGGCCGAACAGAAGCAGAAAUAAAGGCCUGUUGCUCUGAAAUGGACCCUCUGUGGAGAUUUCUGGGUGACCUGACAACCUGCGCGACUUUUUCCCCCGGAGCGCAACACCAACAACCUCUCUCUCUCUCUCUCUCUCUGCUGCUUUUUCAUGCGUUUAUUUUGACGUCUAAAUCAAAGGCCCAAUUUUUUAAAAUAACUUUUCUAGUGAAUCUUAUACCGACGAGGGGAGUUAAAUAAAAAUAGAUAACAAGUGAUCCACUCGGUUAGAUAUCUAGCUGCGAAGGCUUUACAUCCAACUCAAAUGAAUUAUUAAAAAAAAACUGAAAAGGUAGAAAAGCAUACAUUUAGAUCUACAAGGUGAUUUAAUGUGUCUUUUUGUAAUUUAUUAAUUUUUGAAUAUUUAUGGUAUUUAUGCUUGCAUUGCACAUUGUCGUCUAAGUUGAUGUGUUUUCUGCAUUUUUCCAUGAUUUUCGUUCUGAUUAAUCGCGCUGUCAGGUCAGGCUUUGGUUCAGUCUUGUAGAUACUUUGGUUGUUAUAUGAACAAAGAGGGCCGUUUGUAUGUAUUUGAGUGUGGAAAAAGCUUUAUUAAAAUAUUUUGAACAACA